CCUUUAACAAAACCGGAAAGAAAGAGCAGAGAGAAGCUGCUAGCAUGGCUCUGGAUGUGAAAUCUAGAGCCAAGAGGUAUGAGAAGCUGGACUUUCUCGGAGAGGGUCAGUUUGCCACAGUUUACAAAGCCAGAGACAAAGUUACUGACACAAUCGUUGCCAUUAAAAAGAUAAAAGUAGGUCACAGGACUGAGGCUAAAGAUGGAAUCAACAGGACUGCCCUACGAGAGAUUAAACUACUGCAGGAGCUGCAUCAUCAAAAUAUUAUUGGGUUGUUGGAUGCCUUUGGUCACAAAUCAAAUAUCAGUCUUGUAUUUGAUUUCAUGGAGACAGACCUAGAGGUUAUUAUAAAAGACACCAGCUUGGUCCUGACUCCAGCCAACAUCAAAGCAUACAUCCUCAUGACACUUCAGGGACUAGAGUACAUGCAUCAUCACUGGGUCCUUCACAGAGAUCUAAAGCCCAAUAAUUUGUUGUUGGAUGGAAAUGGAGUGUUGAAGUUGGCUGACUUUGGUUUGGCCAAAUCCUUUGGCAGUCCAAACAGAAUCUACACACAUCAAGUUGUUACCAGGUGGUAUCGAUCACCUGAGCUCCUGUUUGGGGCUAGAAUGUAUGGUGUGGGUGUUGACAUGUGGGCUGUGGGCUGUAUAUUGGCAGAGUUACUACUUCGGAUACCAUUUCUCGCGGGAGACUCUGAUCUCGACCAAUUAACGAAGAUCUUUGAGGCUCUUGGCACUCCCACAGAAGAGACAUGGCCUGGAAUGACUUGCCUUCCAGAUUAUGUGUGCUUUAAAAUAUUUCCUGGUACACCGCUUGAACACAUAUUCAGUGCUGCUGGAGAUGACCUACUUGAACUGUUACAAGGCUUGUUUACAUUUAAUCCAUCAACAAGGACAACAGCCACACAGGCUUUGAAAAUGAGAUACUUCAGUAAUCGGCCUGGUCCUACACCAGGUCCUCAACUCCCAAGACCAAAUUGCUCAGCAGAAGCCUUGAGGGAAAAGGAAACAGUUGGACUCAAGAGGAAAAUUGUUGGUUUAGAGACAACUGCAAUGAAGAAGAAGUUGAUUUUUUCACCAGAAUGAAUUCCAUCAAUCGGAUGUGGACUUUGAACCUCUCAGAAGAACUGCACUGUCCAUUACUCAUUGUUGUCCACCUACCUGAUGUAUGUGAACAGGCCCUGCUGCUGCUGGCCAGUGCCUGAAAAGACUGUGGUUAGUUCUUUCAUUUCAUCAAAGGCCCCGCUCUGGACGUCUUCUAAAUACUUCUAUUGAAGUGACAAAAACCAGGCACAAAAUAAAUACAUGCAUUUUUGUAUUUUUUUGUAAAAGACAUGGCAUGCAAUGUAAUGCUUUUUGGUGGUUUAUGUGGUAAAAUCUAAAGCCAAGGGUUUAGAUUCUUCUCCAGGUUCUUCUCUCAAGGGUUUGAGGAUCUGACUCAAAACUGUCCAAACCCAGUGCUUAAGGCAACCAGCCAAAAUAUCAUCUACCUCUAUAGAAGCUACAAGUAUGACUUAUUUGGUUAAAUGGGAAAAGAACAGUAAGGACAAACGGAUACAUUAAAGGGUCUUACUUGACAUCACGUGAUUAUUUAGUCUACUCAAUGUAAUCUCGAACAAUAAAAAAUCACUUUCCACAAACCCU